CUGCUUCCUCGUUCCCCACUGCCCGUUGCCUCUUCUGCCAUGUCCAGCUCCAGACCCGAAUUGCGUUUCUCCGACACCGCUGAUGAACGAAGCUUCUACCGCAAGUUCGACAACCUAUCCCCCAAACCUACCAACACCCUCAGGCUCGUCGACAAAGGCGACUACUAUAUUCUCUUCCACCUCGAUGCUGAAUUGGUUGCUGAGACUAUCUUCAAGACGAACUCAGUCUUGAAGACCAGACAGGAAUCCCACUAUCUCACCAUCUCCCCUCAGAUCUUCGUCAACUUGGUCAAGGUUUUUACGUUGGAGAAGGGCUAUAAGCUCGAGAUUUAUGACAGGAACUUAAAGCUAGCAAAGACUGUCAGUCCAGGAAACUUGGAAUCCAUCGAAGACCUAAUCUACAACAACAACAGCAAUGUCAACAACAUCACUAGUGGUCAAGAAAACUCCAUUAAUAACUCCUCGUUGAAUUCCUACCUAUUGAAUUCUAACCAAAUCAUAAUAGCCUUGAAAUUGGUCUCCAAAAAUGAUGGUCUCUACAUUGGAUUGUCGUUCGUUGAUUCAAAUCUCAAAAUCAUUGGAAUUUGCGAAUUUAUCGAUAACGAUUUAUUCUCCAAUUUAGAAUCCUUAUUGAUUCAAUUAAGUGUGAAGGAAUGCUUAAUCCCUACUGUCGCUACUGAUUCAAAUAACUCAAUUAACCCUUACAAUAAGCUACUCCAAGUUUUAAAUAGAGCAGAUAUCUCAACCACAGAAAUUAAACCAAACCAGUUCAACAACGAUGAUAUUGAAUCGGAUUUAUCAAAAUUAUUAACCUCGAACCACUCCUUAUCCCUUUCUACAACUUCAAUCUUAUCAAACCAACUCUCCUUAUCUUCUACUACUUCUCUAAUCAAUUAUCUAAACUUGUUAUCCGAUGAUUCAAACUACAAUACCUACGAUUUCAAAGUUCACACUUUAAAUCAAUACAUGAAAUUAGAUUUAUCUGCAAUAAAGGCCCUAAACCUUUUUCCCACUUCCAGAGACCAAGCUACUAAAAAUUCAAACAUUUUUUCUCUUCUAGAUCGUUGCAAAACUAAUGAAGGCAAAAGAUUACUCUCCCAAUGGAUUAAACAACCUUUAACAGAUUUGCCUCAAAUCACCUCAAGACAUCUACUAACUGGUUUUUUGAUCUCAGAUUCCUCCCUCAGAGACUCCUUAAGAGAUGAUAUUCUAUUUUCGGUUCCUGAUAUAAGAAGACUAACUAGAAAAUUGUUGAAAAAAUUCGCAAAAUUGGAGGAUAUUAUCACUCUUUACCAAGUUGUUCUCAAAUUACCUCUUUUAAUAGAUUUAUUAAAUCAAUCCCUAGAUAAUAUCAAAGAUAUUAAAGAUACUUUUGAAUUUAUCCAAUCCGAUGAUGAAAUAGAAACUCUUUCUACUCUAAUCAAAAAUAACUGGCUUUCUCCUUUAAAUGACUCCUACACUUCUCUUUUAAAAUUCCAGGAAAUGGUCGAAACAACCGUUGAUUUGUCUGCCGUAGAUCAACAUGAAUAUAUCAUUAAACCUGAUUUUAAUGACGAACUAUUGCAAAUCAAAUCAAAUCUAGACGAUCUCAAAAAAGAAAUCAACCAAUCUCACCUAGACGUUGCCGAUGACCUUAAUAUCGACCCUGAAAAGAAAUUAAAACUAGAAAAUCACCAUAUUCAUGGCUACUGCUUUAGAGUCACCAGAACUGAUUCCUCAAUCUUGAGAAAUAAACGUCAAUACAUUGAACUAUCCACUGUUAAAGCCGGUGUGUUCUUUACAACCCAAAAUCUUAAAUCUAUCUCAGAACAAGUUAAAGAACUACAAAUCGAGUACGAACUUAAACAAUCAACUCUAGUCAAACAAAUAAUAGAAAUAGCUGCAACUUAUUGUCCUGUAUUACACAACUUGGCAUCUUUAUUAGCUGAGAUCGAUGUCAUCUCUUCUUUUGCGUUUGUUUCGACUUUUGCUCCUAUUCCUUAUGUCAGACCUAAAUUACAUCCAAUGAAUUCCUCAGACACUAAAACUAUCAUCAAUGAAGCUCGUCACCCCUGUCUAGAAGCUCAAGAUGAUAUAUCUUUUAUAUCAAACGAUGUUAAUCUAAUUAAAAAUGAAUCAGAAUUUUUAAUUAUAACUGGUCCAAAUAUGGGUGGGAAAUCAACUUAUAUUAGAACAGUGGGAAUAAUUAGUCUAAUGGCUCAAAUUGGUUGUUUUGUUUCUGCUACAAAGGCUGAAUUAUCCAUUUUUGACGCCAUAUUAUCAAGAGUGGGCGCUGGUGAUUCUCAGCUAAAGGGUUUAUCUACUUUUAUGUCUGAAAUGUUAGAAAUAUCCAGCAUUCUUAAAACUGCCACAAACAACUCUCUCAUUAUAAUCGAUGAACUAGGUAGGGGAACGAGUACAUAUGAUGGUUUUGGUUUAGCUUGGGGUAUAAGUGAACAUAUUGCCACAAAUUUACAUUCUUUUACUCUUUUUGCUACUCAUUUUCAUGAAUUAACUUCAUUAGCUGAUAAAGUUCCAACUGUGAAAAAUUUACAUGUUGUAGCAGAUAUAAAUGAAAAAAAAACUAGCGAUGAUAAUAACAAUAGUGAUAAAGAUGAGAUAUUUCAAAGAUCUGAAGAUAUUACUUUAUUGUAUAAAGUUGAAGAAGGAAUUUCUGAUCAAUCUUUUGGAAUACAUGUUGCUGAAAUUGUUAAAUUUCCACUAAAAAUAAUAUCAAUGGCUAAAAGAAAAGCUUCAGAACUAGAAGACUAUGGAAGCAAGAAAAAUGGUUCAAAAGAUGACCCAUACGUUGCAGAUAAACGAACAAAAUGUAAUUCAGUUGAACUUAUAGAAGGAAAUUCAUUACUAAAAACAAUCUUAAAAAAUUGGAAGGCAGAAUUAAAAGAUAAUUCAAAAAAUCUUACUAAUGAAGAAGCGGUUGAAAAAUUGAGAAAUUUGGUCAACGUUAAAUAUGAAAAACAAGUGAAAGAAAGCAAAUUUUUACAAGAAGUUUUAUUUUUAUAAUAUCUACUAUCUUUUUC